AUGGCAUCUGCAAUCCCUUUCUCUGUUCAUAUAAAGGAUUUGGUCCCUAAAAUAUUGCACCGAACUAAUUAUUUGAAAUUAACUCACUUACUUCAAUCGGUGUUGGAGAUGUAUGAUCUCAUUGGCCAUAUUGAUGGUUUUAAUGUGACACCUUUACAAUUUCUGUCUGUUACUGAGGGUUCAUCAUCUGUUCAGCAAAUUAAUCCUGAAUAUGCAAAGUGGUGUAAGGUUGACCGUCUUAUUAUUACUUGGAUUCAUGCUACUAUACAUUCUGAUCUCAUUCCUUUACUCUAUGAUUGCCCUACUGGUGCUGAUGCUUGGUCUAGGCUUAAAAUACAUUUUCUUCAUCAGUCUACUGCCCGUGAGAUGCAGUACAAACAUAGUCUUCAGACAUUUAAAAAAGGAGACCUAUCUAUUGAUUCAUACAUGGCAAAGAUACGUGAAUUUGCUGAUUGCCUUCAUUCUAUCGGUUGUGGUGUGGAUGACCCUGAAUUGGUACGUUGUGCUUUGAAUGGUCUUCCUGUCUCUUAUGAAUCAUUUAUUGUCAUGGCUUCCUAUAUGCACCCUCCUCCGACUUUUGCAGAGCUCUCAUUUUCUGAUGUUACUUCAUCUUCUCCUGUUGGUCCAUCUUCUGGCCGAGGUAACUUUGGUCGUUCUAGAAACUAUCGUGGGCAAUCUUAUCGUGGUCGUGGCUCUGGUCGACGAGGUCGUGGUUCUCCUUUUCAGCUGUCUUAUGGAGGUCAUUAUCAGCAUAAUGUUCGGCAUCAGUCCACAGUUCCUCAUGGAUAUGAUAAGGGUGUUCUUGGUGCUUCCCCUAUUCAGCUGCCUCCAUUUGCUAUGUCGAACCCGACUACUCCUAUGGUUACUUGUCAGAUUUGUAGUAUGACUGGCCAUACAACUAUCUCUUGCCCGCAGCGUCAUAAUUAUUCAUUUGCUCCCACCACAGCUCAAGCACACUUGGCAUCAUUGUCUCUCCAUUCCUCGACUGACGGGAAUUGGUACUUGGAUUCGGGAGAGACCUCACACAUGUCUUUUGACCAAGGUAAUAUUUCUUCUCCUACUCCUACUUUCAAUAAUUCUAUACUUGUUGGCAAUGGUGAAUCAGUUCCUAUUCAUUCUAUUGGUUCUUCCUCCUUGUCCACUUUGUCGCAUACUUUUUUCUUGCCCUCUGUCUUAUGUGUUCCACUUCUUCGUAAAAAGUUACUUUCUGUUCGUCAAUUUAUCAAAGAUAAUAUUUGCUCAAUUGAAUUUUUUCCUAGGGGUUUUGUUGUGAAGGAUUUGCAGACGGGGAAAAUCCUCCACAAAUGCCAUAGUGACGGGCCUCUCUAUCCAUUUUUUCAACUUGCUCCCUGCUCGUCUUCCUCUUCAUCAGAAGCCCCCGCUGUCUCCUUGGUUCCUGCAUCAGAUUGGCAUGCUCGUCUUGGUCAUCCAGGAUCACCAGUCCUUGCGUCACUUAGUUCCAAUCACAAAGGACGAUGUCUCCGUCUUGAUAUUCAACGUGUUUAUACAAGUCGAUUUGUUCGCUUUGUCGAACAUCGCUUUCCCUAUGCCACUCCACAUCUUCGUCCUUCUUUCCUUAAUUUUUCUUCCUCUACUUGUCAUACCCCAUUGCCUCAGCCCUCCCGCGUUGUAUCACCUACUACAGUACACUCUAAUUCUCCCUCUUAUGAUGUUCUUGCUCCUCCUACAUCUCAAGUUUUGCUUGACCAUUCUUCUAUUGCUCCUCAGAGUUCUUCCGCAUUGCCUUCGUCUAGUUCCACACCAUCUAUACCUAUAUCUCCUGAUCAUUCUACAUCAAUUCCCUCCGUGCCUCCUACUUCACCAUUGCCACCUCCUUCUCAUCCUAUGGUUACCAUGUCAAAAGUUGGUGUUGUCAAACCCAAUCAAAAGUAUGCUUUACUUGCUCAGUCUCUAUCUGAAUUACCUGUUGAGCCAUCUUGUUAUAGUUCUGCGGUUAAGGAUUCUCGUUGGCGUACUACUAUGGAUGAUGAGUUUAAUGCUCUUCUAGCUAAUCAUACAUGGUCUCUUAUUCCCCGCCCUCCAAAUAUCAAUGUAGUUGGUUGUAAAUGGGUAUAUCGGGUUAAGCAAAAAUCUGAUGGAUCUCUUGAUCGUUGUAAGGUAUGUUUAGUAGCUAAGGGAUAUACACAGUCUUAUGGUGUGGACUAUGGUGAGACAUUCAGUCCGGUGGUUCGUCCUGCUACUAUUAGACUAGUUCUUUCUAUUGCCUUAUCUCGUGGAUGGCAUAUUCGUCAAUUUGAUGUUAAAAAUGCAUUUCUUAACAGUUUACUAACUGAUACUGUUUAUAUGGAGCAACCACAUGGCUUUCAGGAUUCUCACUAUCCCCAUCAUGUUUGUAAGCUUCAUAAGGCUCUCUAUGGUCUUAAGCAGGCUCCCCGGGCUUGGUUUGCUCGAUUUGGCCACUUUCUUAUCUCUCAUGGAUUUUCUAACAGUCGAGCCGAUAGCUCCUUAUUUGUUUAUAAAUCUGGAGAACGAUAUUUAUAUCUUCUCCUUUAUGUGGAUGAUAUUAUCCUUAUAGGGUCAGAUUCUUCGUUGUUAUCAUGGUUUUCUGACAUGCUACAUGUUGAGUUUUCUAUUAACGAUCUUGGAGAUCUUUAUUUUUUUCUUGGAGUUCGUGUUUCUCGCACUUCCGCAUGUCUUCAUCUUUCUCAGGCUAAGUAUGCUCGGGAUAUUCUUGAUAGAGCUGGUCUUAUUGGUUGCAAGCCAGUUGCUACUCCAGUAUCUUCUUCUACUUCUUUGGACUCUUCACUCUCUUCUGCAGUUGACAACUCCCUUUAUCGCAAUUUGGUUGGUGCUUUGCAAUAUCUAACAUUAACGCGACCAAAUAUUUGUUAUGCUAUUAAUAGUGCCAGUCAACAUAUACAGUCCCCUCAGUCUCAUCAUUUUUCAGAAGUCAAACGCAUUUUAAGGUAUGUUGCUGGUACAUUGCAUCACUGUCUUCUGCUACGUCCUUCGAAUUCUAUCUCAUUAACUGCUUACUCUGAUGCUGAUUGGGCUGGUUGUCCUGAUACUCGACGCUCUGCCUCUAUUUCUCUUUUAUUUUUUGGUAAUAAUCUAAUCUCUUGGUCUUCUAAGAAGCAACACACCGUGUCUCGCUCUAGCACAGAGGUUGAAUAUCGUGCCAUGGCACACACUGUUGCUGAUAUUCUUUGGGUUCAGGAAUUAUUGCGUGAUCUUCAUAUUUAUCUUCCAGAUCCUCCUCUUGUUUAUUGUGACAAUAUUAGUGCAUUAUACCUGACUGUGAAUCCUAUCUACCACUCACGGACAAAGCAUUUAGCUGUUGAUUUCCAUUUUGUUCGUGAACGGGUUGCUUCUGGUUCUAUUUUGGUGCGCUAUUUACCAACCUAUCAACAACUUGCUGAUAUUCUUACUAAAGGUCUUGUUUCCCAGAAGUUUAAACAUCUUAGAGACAAUCUCUACAUGCAUCCAUGUGUCGAUUGA